AUGAAUAACUGUAUGGUGAACUUCACCACACUUGAAGCAUGUACAAACUCCACAACUAAUUCCGUCAGUCCACUGUAUAUGUUGGAAAUGUGUCUGCACGGCUUCAAUUUCCUGGUUGGUCUUCCGACACACUCCUAUGUUAUAUGGCUCAUCAUCGUAGGAUCAGGAAGUGCAUUUGAGUUUAUUAUCCUCAAUCUCUCGGUUUCUGAGAUUGGUUACUGUCUGAAUGCUGUGGUCACUCUACUGUCAUUUUGGUUUCCACGCCUCUUAACAUUAAAUCAGUUUUUAGUAGGACUUAUCAUCACCGGUCGUCCUCUGUUUCAAUGUCUGAUAUGUGUUGAGCGUUACCUGGCAGUGGUUCAUCCUGUAACCUUUCUGAAGUACAAACCUCUCCGAUAUAAAGUGAUCGGUUGCACUGCGGCCUGGAUACUUAUUCUUGGAUCCUGUGUGAUUUGCAUGUUUACUAUAAUCUCACACAGCACUGUAUAUAUGUGGUUCUUUUUGAUACAGUUCCUUCUCUUCUUUUCUAUCCAGUUGUUUUGUCUUGUGACUGUUCUUAGAGCUCUAAAGCAGACAGGACCAGGAGAAAGAAGAAGAAAAAGAAAGGAGGAAAACAACAAGAUGAGAAGAGUGAUUUAUCUAAUUUUAAUAACUACUGCAACCCUAGUUGUCUUAUAUGUCCCACUUACUCUUACAGCAGUGCAUAGCAUUGUGACAAAAGUAAUGAUUCAGGAUGUUUGGUUUUCUGCUGUGAUUUGUUAUGUACUGGCUGGUUUUGUGCAGCCCGUUCUUUAUCUGAACCAGUCUGGAAAACUCUCCUGUCUCUGUUCCGUAUAA